GAGGCGCAUGGGCAUUCCCGUCCACCCCAAGGGCGGUAGGUCCCCCAGGCCUUUUCCAUGGCAACUGUCAUUCAAGCGGUCUCCACGGUGACCGCGUGGCUGGGUGUGGCGGGGCUGGUGCUCCGGCGGGGGCGGGGGCUGUUGCGGGCGCCCCCCCUCCCCGGCUCCAAGCCUAGAGGAACCAGGAGUUUCGGUGUGCGAGCAGCUGCCAUGGCGCCCGUCAAGGUUGGAGACAAGCUGCCCAGUGUGGAGGUGUACGAGGGGGACCCUGGCACCAAGGUGGAUGUGGCUGCACUCUUCAAGGGCAAGAAGGGGAUUCUCUUCGGAGUGCCUGGUGCCUUCACCCCUGGCUGCUCCAAGACCCACUUGCCGGGCUAUGUGGAACAGGCUGGGGCGCUGAAGGCCAAGGGAGUGGAGCUGAUUGCCUGCCUGGCCGUGAACGAUGUCUUCGUCAUGAGCGAAUGGGGCAAGGCCCAUGGGGCCCAGGGCAAGGUGCGGAUGCUGGCUGACCCCACCGGAGCCUUUGGAAAGGCUACGGAAUUGCUGCUGGACAAGGAGACCCUGCGUGACCUCUUUGGGACCAACCGCUGCAAAAGGUUCUCCAUGGUGCUGGAGAAUGGUGUGGUGAAGGCUCUCAACGUGGAGGAGGAUGGAACAGGGCUGACCUGCAGCCUGGCCAACAACAUCCUCUCUCAGCUCUGAGCACCAGGAUGCCAGGGUCCCUCCUGCUGCUGCUCCCUCCCCCACCCUAGCACCAGGAGCGGGGCAGCACGCCGUCCUUUCCAUGCAUGAUAUGAUGGUCUCCCCCUGGGGGAGGGCCGGGGGGUGGGGGCACAGUAAUGCUGCUGCUGUUGCUCCUGCUGUCAUGGGUUUGGCCUCUAGAGGGCACUCAUGCUCUGAUAGUGGUGUACUGCCCCGCCACACUGUGUAUCAAUGGGAAUAAACGGCUCUUGCCA